AUGUCAAAUGGCCUGUCUUUCUUUUUGGGUUUGUUGGUAGUGGUAGUGUUGGCGCCAUCAAAAGCAACAAAUAAUGUUGUGGACAUCCAAAAAGAAGUUGUGGGAAUAGGUCGUGUUAUGGAUUACAGCAGUCGUGUGGGAAAGGAACAGAAAGUAGCCAUGGAGAUUGCGCUCCGACAUACCUCUCCCUCAAAUUCUACAGCUCAACUGGGUUUGCGCUAUCACGAUACAUCACCAAAUUCAACUUCACCUGUUACAGCUGCAAUUAAUCUCAUAAAAAGCAAAGCAGUUCAAGUGAUAAUCGGAAUGCUCACCACCCAGGAAGCAGCUCUAAUCUCUGAAGUGGAUAAUACCACCAAGAAUUUGCCUUACAUAUCCCUUAUUACCCCAGCCACAAGCCAGUCAGUAUCGGUGCCACAUCAAUCUGCAUCUUAUUUCCAAAUGGCUAACGACAUCAUCUUCCACAUGCAAUGCAUUGCUGUCGUGGUCGGUCAUUUCCGAUGGCGAAAAGUCACCGCUAUCCAUGAGCAGAGCAGCUUAUUUUCCACCGGUUUUGGAUUUAUCACCCACCUAUCCGAUUCACUCCGAGUUGUUAACUCAGAGAUUGAACACCAUGCAGCUUUCCCAUCCCUGUCUUCUCUCUCAGACCCCCAUACAGCCAUUGAAGAAGAACUCAAGAAGCUGCAGAACAAGAGCAACAGGGUUUUCAUAGUUGUGCAGUUUUCUUUCCAGUCAGCUGUCCUGCUUUUUGAAAAGGCAAAGCAAAUGGGUAUGAUGGAAAACGGUUAUGUAUGGAUUAUUGCAGAUGAGAUUUCAAGCUUUCUCGGUUCUGUUGAUUCUUCUGUUAUGCAUAACAUGCAAGGUGUAAUUGGCAUUAAAACCAGUUUUCCAGAAAAAACCAAGGCUUUCAAGCAAUUCAAAAUCAGAUUCAGACGACUGUAUGGAUUACUGUAUCCUGAGGAAGAGAAUACUAAUCCCAGUAUCUUUGCCCUCCGAGCGUAUGAUGCAGUUAGCGCCAUUUCUAAAGCCUCGAAGAAAUUUAAAGGAAACGUUACAUCUAAAGAAAUAGCUAAGACAAUUUUAUCCAGUGAUUUCAAAGGCCUAAGUGGCAUAAUAAGAUUCAAGAAUGGCGUACUUUCAGAAAUACCGACCUUUCAAAUCAUCAACGUGGUUGGAAAAAGCUACAGACAGUUAGCACUCUGGUCUCCUGGAUAUGGUUUCUCAGAGUACUUUGUGGAACAUGACGAAAUGAAAUUAGGAAUGGACGACGAUGGUGCUAUGAAUGGAACUAUGGGUCCACUCUAUUGGCCAGGUGGCAGGCAGACAGUGCCCAGGGGGUGGACUUGGGCCAAUGGAGAGGCACCAUUGAGGAUAGGGGUUCCUUCGAGGGGUGCCUUCAAUCAGUUUGUGAGAGUAAGCUAUGAACAGGAUCGGAAUCAAACCUCUAUCUCUGGGUUUUCGAUUGAAGUGUUUGAAGCUGUUGUUGGGCGUCUCCCUUAUCAAUUACCUUACUUUUUUGUCUCCUUUAGUGAUUCAUACGAUGAGUUGGUGAAACAUGUACAUAGCAAGAAGUUGGAUGCAGCUGUUGGGGACAUAGAAAUUAUGGCUUACAGGAGUCAGUAUGUUGAUUUCUCACAGCCAUAUGUGAGCUCUGGCCUUGUAAUGAUUGUGAAAGUAGAACCAGAUAGGGACAAAGAAACCUGGAUGUUUAUGAGGGCCUACACUCAAAAAAUGUGGCUGCUCAUCAUGGUUAUGCAUCUCUCCAUCUGCUCUGUUGUCUGGCUAAUAGAAAAUGAACAUGUUCAGAACCCUGAAUUCAAGGGCUUGGGAGCUAUGCUUUGGGGAACCACUUAA